UGAUUGGCGCAAUAAAUCAUGAGUCGGAGAAGAUGAUUAGUUCGCACUGGUACACAGAUCGCAAGUUCACCAUCACUUUGACCUCAGUGCUGAUCAUACUUCCUCUAUCUAUACCCAAAGAGAUUGGCUUCCAGAAGUAUGCCAGCACCCUGAGUGUUAUCGGCACCUGGUAUGUGACAAUCAUAAUCAUCGUCAAAUACAUCUGGCCCGACAAAGACGUUUCUCCAGGAAUCAUCCCAGUCAGCCCUGCAUCCUGGACCGAUGUGUUCAAUGCCAUGCCCACAAUCUGCUUUGGUUUCCAGUGUCAUGUCAGUAGCGUUCCAGUUUUCAACAGCAUGAAGAAGCCAGAAAUCCGGCCCUGGUGGGCAGUUGUUACAGUCAGCGUGAUCAUCUGCCUCUUUGUGUAUACAGGCACAGGUGUCUGUGGCUUCCUGUCAUUUGGCUCAAGCGUAAGCCAGGAUGUUUUGAUGUCAUAUCCAUCUGAUGACAUUGCGGUGGCCAUUGCUCGAGCCUUCAUCAUCAUCUGUGUUGUUACCUCAUAUCCAAUCCUGCACUUCUGUGGAAGGGCAGUGCUGGAAGGUUUGUGGUUGCGUUUUAAAGGAGAGGAGGUGGAGACAGAUGUGGCCAGGGAACGGAGACGGAGAAUACUGCAGACAGUCGUCUGGUUUUGUCUCACAUUAAUUCUUGCUCUCUUCAUUCCUGAUAUCGGACGAGUGAUUUCACUAAUUGGUGGUUUGGCUGCAUGCUUCAUUUUUGUGUUUCCAGGGUUGUGCUUGAUUCAGGCAAAGCUUUCAGAGCAUGAUGUCAGAUCAACCAGUUGGAAGGGAAUGGUGGCCUAUGGGGUUGUUAUGGUUACGAUUGGUGCUUUCAUCUUUGGCCAGACGACCACAAAGGCCAUCUACCAAGAUAUCAUCAAUCAUCCCAGCAGCCCAUAGACGAGUUGUUGUGACCUCAUGAAUAUUGGGCUGUGAACCAAUAGAGACCAAUUAAAAACAAGGGAAAGAAGCCUGUCCAAAUCACGUCUACCACUGACCUCUAUCCAGUCUUCAGGAGACUGUUGCAAAUUUCUCCUAUUGUAAAGUGCAGCAGUCCCACAGAAGUUUGUACCUCUUGAUGUAGUGGAUCAUCCACCUGCAUGCAGCAUCAAGCUCUCUGCUCUGGCUGUUUGUGAAUGGAGGACCCCUGUGAAGGACACUAUACGUCACUAUUUUCUGAAUGGAUAUGGACAUUGUGUUAAAUCCUCCAGUGUUAGAUCUUCCAAAUAUAGCCUCUUUCUUUUGAAAUGUAAUUGUUUUUUGUCCAUUCUCUUUUUUAAUUUUUAUGUUUUUUUUAAGAAACUGAUUUUAUGAAGGCCUUAUAUGCUUGACAUUGCAAAUGUGGUCAGUGUUCAUAAUGUUUACCCUUAGAAUCUUAUUGCAAACUUUUUUUCUUGAUGACUUGCACUGCUAAACAUGUAAUUCUACAGUUCCAUAAGAUCUUGUGUGUGUGUGUGAGAGAGUGUGACUUUAGAUCAGAAGUGACAUAAAAUGAUCAUUAUUUAAACUGUAUUUCAAAAAAUACUUGAUGAAUGGUUUUUAUUUUCAUUUAAUGCAUUGUUGUUUUAGCCACAUCUUCUGAAUGUGUUUUUCAUGAAAUUGUUGCUUAGGCCAAGGGUGCAAUUAUCUCUGAUUUUAUUAGUUCACUGGUACUUGAGUGAGUGAGAUGGUUAACUGAAAACUCAAUAAUUAUUUUGUGUUUAUUUAGUUUUAGGGGAGAAAUUCUGGUACUGAAGUGUGAGAAUGAGAAUUUAUUGGUUCCAUUAAACCAUUCUCCUAACAGUUUAAUUGUGCAAGUCACAGUUGUGGUGUGCUGGUAACCCCUUUUUGUACCACACGCUCCAAUUCUCAAUAAUGCCUACAUAUGAAAAUUCCUCAUGGAUUUAAUCAGUAACACUAGAUGCAUGUUUGCUUUUGCACAAUCGUGUAUUAUUGUAUGUUUUACUGUUUCAGUGCAAUCACUAAAGGGAUGUUCCCUGAGAAAUCAGCAAACUGC